AUGCCUCCCUUGCGGCCAUCGGUCCGCCAUCUCUUACGGCCCUUGAGAUCUACAGUUCGCUCUUCCGCCGCAUCCAUCUCCUCUCGUCCUCCUCCCUUCCCGGUCGUACCGACCUGUCCAGAUCCGACAUGCCCUUGCUCUGCGAUGCCAGAGGGGCUCGAUAUCGACCGGAAAAACUUUCUCAAUGGGACGAUGUCACCGCAUGCACAGCAUCUUGUCGUAUCCUCAGGCCGCUCAGAUUGGUCGAGCAAGAUCGAAGAUGAGAAGGAGACGGCUGCAUGGGGCAGAUUUACGGCGGACAUCAAAGGUCUACUUGGACGGGGCGGAGAGUUUCAUGAUCCUUACCACAACGACGUGAUGGUCAGCACCUCCUCAUUCACACCCUCAGAACUGGCCAACCAGGAGUCCAGUCUAGGUACAAUACCUCUGUCCAGCGCACCAGACCAAGAGAUCGUUGACGCCAUACUCUUUCCGGCAUUCCGACACUUCCGCGGCCUUACUUUGGAUCCAAAGGCAGACAUCUCCAGAAAACUCGUCAAGUCCUGGCUUCUCCCGGAAGAACGAAAACUCAAUCCUGUAUACUGGGACCUCUCGGAAUCAGAACGACGCGCAAAGUCUCGUGACCCAGCCCUUGGCGAUUCGUUACUCAGUCAAUCGGUCGAAGCACCCACGAUCCUGAUAUGCAGUCACGGCCAGCGCGACAGUCGUUGCGGCAUCUUAGGUCCUCUCCUCCACGCCGAGUUCACAUCGUACAUCAACGAACGGAAACCCAUUGGUAGAGGAAUAGAGCUGGAGUCCAAACCUGGCGCAUUUCUAGCCAGCUCCUCGUCCACAUCGGAAGAGACCAUCAAUGUUAACAUCGGAAUGAUCUCGCACAUAGGAGGCCACAAAUGGGCCGGCAACGUGAUCAUGUACAUCCCACCGACCUUCCAACAUCUUCUCUCAGCCUCGAGAAGUCCACAUCCUCUUGCCGGAAUGGGGAUCUGGUAUGGCCGCGUCGAGCCACGCCAUGUCGAGGGCAUCAUUGAGCAGACGCUCUUGCAGGGCAAGGUCAUUCAGGAUCUGUUUCGCGGCGGACUCGGUCAGGGUGGUGAGACAUUGAGGCUAUGA